UGCGUUUGAGGGGAGCUGCGUUAGAGAAGUUGCUGACUUCCGAGUAGCGGUGCCAUCAGAAGUUUUCCUCCUGGCGAUACAGCCUGUCACAGCUGGAGGUUUUCUUUCACCCUGCUCCACAGUUACCCUCUCUGUGAGGCGACAGUUUCGGUCUGUAGUCGUUAUUCAAGAAGAUGCGUGUAGUUAGAAACUGUGUGUGUGAGGAACCUACUUCCCACUGCAGCAGUUGACUGUAAGGAAACUCAAUUUUGUGCUUCAAGAAAGCUGAUUACUUCUUGGAUUACUUCUACCUUGGUCUCGAAGACAACUUGAGGAAAAUGGAAACAGAUGAGGCUCAAGAUAUGUCCCAGGUUUCAGGAAAGGAAAGUCCUCCAAUUAGUGAUGUCCCAGAUGAUGCAGAUGAACCUAUGCCUGUACCAGAAGACCUUUCAACUAGUACUGGAGGACAACAGAGUGCUAAGAAUGAGAGAGUCUUGGCUGGUAAUAUUAAAAUAGAGACUCAGAGUGAUGAAGAGAAUGGGCGUGCCUGUGAAAUGAAUGGGGAAGAAUGUGCAGAGGAUUUACGAAUGCUUGAUGCCUCAGGAGAGAAAAUGAAUGGCUCACACAAUGGCCCAGGCAGCAAGGCUAUGUCAGGAGUUGGAGGCAUUCGACUUCCUAAUGGAAAGCUAAAAUGUGAUAUCUGUGGGAUAAUUUGCAUCGGUCCCAAUGUGCUCAUGGUUCACAAACGAAGCCACACUGGAGAACGCCCUUUCCAGUGCAAUCAGUGCGGAGCCUCCUUUACACAGAAGGGCAACCUUCUGCGCCACAUAAAGUUGCACUCGGGUGAAAAGCCCUUCAAGUGUCACCUUUGUAACUAUGCCUGCCGUCGCAGAGAUGCCCUCACAGGACACCUGAGGACUCAUUCAGUUGGCAAACCCCAUAAGUGUGGAUACUGUGGUCGCAGCUAUAAGCAGCGCAGCUCUUUGGAAGAACAUAAAGAACGCUGUCAUAACUACCUGCAAACUAUGAAUAUCUCAAGCAGCCUUUAUUCAGUCUUAAAAGAGGAAACUAACCAGAAUGAAAUGGCUGAAGACCUGUGCAAGAUAGGGUCAGAAAGAUCCCUCGUGCUGGAUAGACUAGCAAGUAACGUCGCCAAACGUAAGAGCUCUAUGCCUCAGAAAUUUGUUGGUGAGAAAUGCCUGUCUGAUCUUCCAUACGAUGCCACCACUAACUAUGAGAAGGAGAAUGAGAUCAUGCAGACACAUGUUAUAGACCAGGCCAUCAACAAUGCCAUCAGUUACCUGGGAGCAGAGUCCUUGCGUCCCCUUGUCCAAACACCACCAGGUGCUUCUGAGGUGGUGCCUGUCAUCAGCCCCAUGUACCAGCUCCACAAACCUCUUGGGGACAGUCAGGGUCGCUCCAACCAUACAGCUCAGGACACCGCAGUGGAAAACUUGUUGCUGCUUUCCAAAGCCAAAUCUGUCUCCUCUGAACGGGAUGCCUCUCCCAGCAACAGCUGCCAAGAUUCAACAGAUACAGAGAGCAAUAACGAGGAACGCAGCGGUUUAAUUUACCUGACAAACCACAUAGGUCCUCAUGCAAGAAAUGGCAUCUCUAUAAAAGAAGAAAGCAGGCAGUAUGAUGUCUUGAGGGGAGGUACUGACAAUUCCCAGGAUGCUUUCAAAGUGAUCAGUAGCAGUGGGGAGCAAGUCAAAGUUUACAAGUGCGAACACUGUCGAGUCCUUUUCUUGGAUCACGUGAUGUAUACAAUCCACAUGGGCUGCCAUGGGUUCCGCGAUCCUUUUGAAUGCAACAUGUGUGGCUACCACAGCCAGGACAGGUACGAGUUCUCUUCCCACAUAACUCGAGGGGAGCACCGUUUCCACAUGAGUUAAAACUCCUCCUCAACAGCUGUGUUACUGGAGCUGCAUGAGCCACGACAACAACAAACACAAGUCAACUGGACAGUAAAAGUAACAAGAGAAUCAAAAGUUCAGAUAUCUCCCACAAGAAAAUAUUUUCCUUUGGUAGCAUGCAUUGCAACUCAGUUUUGUAAAAUGCCUACUGAAGUUUUUACUGAAAAUGUUUGAUGAUAAAAAAACCUUUAGUAAUAUAAGUAGGAGCUUUUGUAGUCACGUAGCUGAAAGCCCUUCCCUUAACUGAUGCUUCUUGCAAACCUCCCUUGCCAAAACUGUUAACCAUGCGCAGGAUGCACCAUGCGGACAAGGACAGGACAGGCAGGAGUGGCCAAGCUUUUUCUCUCUUAAUGCCCUGAGCACAGAGCUCUAGCACCAGAUGUGUGGUUUUUUGACUUCCUGGUAUUAUUUGACUCCUUUGGGAAGGUUAAACUCAACAAAAGAUGGAGGGGCCCAUCUCAGAUGACUUCACACAUAGCUGGGGGUGGGAUGGGACCCCUCAGCCAGAGGGUCCUGAAUUGCCUUGAUGGUAAAAUUAGAACUUCUCCAUCUGCAAGGGUGCUGCUUGUAUUGACAUCACAGCACGCCUUGCUUGUGUCACUUCGCAGGCAAGCAGGCUUGUGAAAGAUAGAAGAAACACCCUUGUAAGAUACUCUGUGAAGUACAAAUUGCAUUUAAUGUAUAGAAAAAGGGUAUUGUUGGCUCUUCUUUUAAUAAAUGUUUUUUCUCCCUAUCCAAUAAACCACCACUUUUUGUUAAGCAACCCCUCCUCUCUCUUCAUAAACAAGUUACAAUAUAUUUAAAUUUUCUUUCUUCCUUUUUAAGUUUUAGUUAUUUAGAAUUGUGUGAUGUACAGUUAAGAAAAGCACUAGCUAGAAAUAUAUGUGAGAAACAUCUCCUUGUGCACAUUUUUCAUCUUUUUAAACUGCUCGGAAAAUAUCCAAAUGUCCUUUUCUUACAUAUGAAAAAAAUCCCAUUUUGCUUACACAGAAGAUGUCAUCUUGUAGAUUGUGUGGCUCUACUCAUAAGUGUUGCACUUAAUUAUUUUUAAAGCACUGAGCUGAAUUAAACCAGCCAGUCAAAAUUUGUCCCCUCCUCCAUUUUUCCUGGCACUUGCUGUUUAAUGAGGGACCAAGCCCUGCAAAGGAAAGGCUUCCUGAUCGACAAAUCGUUUCACCAUGUGCCUAAGUUACUUCUAUUUCACCGGAACUAAUCUUAAAUAUUUUUAAAAAUGGUGUUUUGCUGAAUGGAGGAAUGGAGACCAGAGACUGCAGCACUUUGCAAAGUGUAGUAAAAUCCACCAAGAGCUUACUCCAUGGUGCUGCACAUACUGUAAUUUCAGCUAGAAUAAGAACUUUUAUGAUGAAUAGCUUUUAACCUUAAAC